AUGCUCAUCUCCUGCAUUGGCUUCGGAAAUGACAAUGUGCUCGAAUUGGGAUACGGUCGCGGGAAUGGUUUGAAGUAUUGCUUUGAUCGAGUCAUUGAUGGAGAGGGAGCGGUUUUUGGAAUUGAACGAUCUCCUUAUAUGGAAGAUUGUGCUCGGAAUCGAUUUAUCCUUGAAUUGGCCGAGACCACGAAGAUAAGGCUUGAUCAUGCUCCUGACCUGCGUGAUCUACCGUAUCCCCCUUCAGUUUUUCAUCAUAUUUUUCAUGUAGACGUAUUCUAUUUUAUUCAUCAAGACCAUAUGUUUGAUAUAUGUAAAGAACUGCUUCGAGUGUUAAAACCUGGUGGAACAAUGGCCUGUGGAAUGCACUUUGGUAGAUUGAGAAAAUUAACAAAAUGGCGUUUAUUAGAAGAGUCGCAAUGGGAUCCGAUGAGGUAUAUGAUGUGUUUGGAGCCGGCUGGUUUUACCAAUAUCAAAGUCGAUUACAAGUCAGACAGAAAAGCCGGUGAAUAUCAAAUAAUCAGUUGCAUGAGACCAGCGAGUGACAAGGUCGAUUACAAGUCAGACAGAAAAGCCGGUGAAUAUCAAAUAAUCAGUUGCAUGAGACCAGCCAGUGACAAGGAAUUGGAGGACCCGGACAUAGCUAUGAAGCAGUUGGAACUUAAAAUCAAAAAGGAAAUGUUGAUCUCAGAGUUGUUGAAGUCAAGACGAAAGCUUACCAAAGAAGAAUUGGAUAUUCUCAAUGAAGAACUGCCCGGACAGGAGAAAAAGUCAUAA